CUGGGAUCCAUGCAGCCAGCAAUGAUGAUGUUUUCCAGUAAAUACUGGGCAAGGAGAGGGUUUUCCUUGGAUUCAGCAGUGCCCGAAGAGCAUCAGCUACUUGGAAGCGUAAGCCUCAAUAAAGCUAACAGCAGCAAAAAUGAUGAUAAAAAUGUUAAUAAGGGAAACAGCAAAAGUGAAACUGCUACAGAAAGUGGCAAGACGGCUGUUGUAUUCUCCUUGAAAAAUGAAGUUGGAGGAUUGGUGAAAGCACUGAAACUCUUUCAGGAAAAGCAUGUCAAUAUGCUUCAUAUUGAAUCCAGACGAUCUCGAAGAAGAAGUUCAGAAGUUGAAAUCUUUGUGGACUGUGAGUGUGGCAAAACAGAAUUCAACGAGCUCAUUCAGCUGCUGAAGUUUCAGACCACAAUUGUGACACUGAAUCCCCCGGAGAACAUUUGGACUGAGGAAGAAGAGCUAGAGGAUGUGCCCUGGUUUCCCCGGAAGAUCUCUGAAUUAGACAAAUGCUCUCACCGAGUUCUCAUGUACGGAUCUGAGCUGGAUGCCGAUCACCCAGGAUUUAAGGACAACGUCUAUCGGCAGAGAAGAAAGUAUUUUGUGGAUGUGGCCAUGGGUUAUAAAUAUGGUCAGCCCAUUCCCCGGGUGGAGUACACUGAGGAAGAAACAAAAACUUGGGGUAUUGUGUUCCGGGAGCUCUCAAAGCUCUACCCCACUCAUGCUUGCCGGGAGUAUUUGAAAAACUUCCCUUUGCUGUCGAAAUACUGCGGCUACCGGGAGGAUAACGUGCCUCAACUCGAAGACGUUUCCUUGUUCCUGAAAGAAAGAUCUGGGUUCACAGUGAGACCUGUGGCUGGUUAUCUGAGCCCAAGAGACUUCCUGGCAGGACUGGCCUACAGAGUGUUCCACUGUACUCAAUAUAUCCGCCAUGGCUCGGACCCUCUCUACACGCCAGAACCGGAUACAUGCCAUGAACUCCUGGGGCAUGUUCCACUACUUGCAGACCCUAAAUUUGCCCAAUUUUCACAAGAAAUAGGCCUGGCAUCCCUGGGAGCAUCAGAUGAAGAUGUUCAGAAACUAGCCACAUGCUAUUUCUUCACAAUCGAGUUUGGCCUUUGCAAGCAAGAAGGGCAACUGCGGGCAUAUGGAGCAGGACUGCUUUCCUCCAUUGGAGAAUUAAAGCAUGCUCUUUCUGACAAAGCCUGUGUGAAAGCCUUUGACCCCAAGACCACUUGCUUACAGGAAUGCCUUAUUACCACCUUCCAGGAAGCCUACUUUGUUUCAGAAAGUUUUGAGGAAGCCAAAGAAAAGAUGAGGGAUUUUGCAAAAUCAAUUACCCGUCCCUUCUCGGUGCAUUUCAAUCCCUACACACAGAGUGUUGAAAUUCUCAAAGACACUCGAAGUAUUGAAAAUGUGGUGCAGGACCUCCGCAGUGAUUUGAACACAGUGUGUGAUGCCUUGAACAAAAUGAACCAAUAUCUGGGGAUUUGAUGUUGGAACCAGUAUUGAUGCCAGCAUUGUAUUUGGGGGACUUAGCAGCAACUUGGUCAAUGUCAUAUAACACCAUGACUUUCUGUGUAAUGCCUUGGCUAGAAAGCAUGCGAUUUCAUCCACCUCUACCUAUUUGUAACUCAACUGUAUUAAUGUGUGAAAUCCCACAAGGAACUCAAUGACAGAUAACCACUCAUUGUAGGAAAAAUUGUAAUACAUUUAAAUGUCUUAAAUAGAUUUGACAUUCUUGCCUGGUGUCCUUAAACAAACUGUACCUGUUUUAAAAUUUGUAACAAAUAGCCAUGGUAUAAUUCUAGCUUAUGACCUUUACUUCUCAGACUGAGCUUCCCCUCUGUAUUCAUUAGAAAAAUGAAAAUAGCAGUGAAGUUGAUUCUAUUUCUAUAGUAUUAGUGUUUUCACAGCAUUAUUUAAGAUAAACACAAAUUGUAUGAAACUUCACAUUAAUAAAAGAUUCAGUAUUGCUUCAAAAUUUAAAUUGCUGAACACACUAGGUGGACUGCUUUUUAGUUUGAG